AUGGAAGGAAGAGAAGAUGAAGUGGUGGUGGCGAUUGCGGUGGACGAGAAGGUGAGGCUGUCCAAGGGAGAGGUCCACUACCGCCUGGAGCGGCCUACGCACAUGAAUCCCACCUCUCCGACGACGAGGGCGUGCCUGUCGUCAUUUGCGUGCACGGCAUUGACCACGUUGCUCGCGUGUGGGACUUCCUCACCCACCACCUCGUCGAUAUACGGUGUUAAGGACAACCACGCCUCCAGGGACUACAGGCCGCCUCCGCUGCGCACGGACGGCUUCACGCUCGUCGGCCACUCCAUGGGCGGCGCCGUGUCGCUCCUCGUCGCCCAUCGCUAUCCCGACCUGGUGGAGAAGCUGGUGCUGAUCGGGCCGGCGGGCAUGAAGUUCAGCGUGCCAUUGGAGAUGCAGCUGAUGCGCCUCCCCGCCCUGGGUCCACGGCUCUUCCAAUGGUUCGCCAAACAGGACGACAUGAUGAAGGAGGACUUCAUGGACCUGGAGGCGAGCAAGAACGCGAUAGCGCACGUGAUGGAGCACACGCAAGGCAUGUACGGGAGCUACGCGUUUGCCUGCGCUUUCAUCAACUCCUUCACGUGGGUCAGCACGCGCGGCCGUCGCUGGUGA